AUGAAGACCAACACUCUGCUUCCCAUUCUGGGUCUCUCCGGCAGCGCAGUCAGCGCGGCCGUGGCCCACAAAUCCCAGGGGCCCUUCGGUUACGCGUCCGGCUCCAAGCAGUCCGUGGCCAACCUGAAGGACAAGGUUGAGAAUGUUGUCUGGAUCGUGCUGGAGAACCGCGGAUUUGACAACAUGCUCGGCGGUGUCCACAAGGCCGGCCUGGACAACGUCGUCAACAACAAGCCCUACUGCAACCCCGUGCAGGUGAACGACCCCAACAGCCAGCAGAUGUGCAGCCAGUACAAGGACUUUGACUCUGUCAUCCAUGACCCCGACCACUCCGUUACUGGCAACAACUUCGAGUUCUAUGGCACUUUCAGCCCCGACAACGAGGCCAUUGCCAACGGCACUCUGAAGCCCAGCUUGAACGGCUUCGUCGAGCGCCAGAUGGCCGCGUACCCGUCCAUCUCCGCCCAGCGCGCCACCGAGGAGGUCAUGGGCUACUACUCCGAGAGCGAGAUCCCUACCCUCAUCGAUCUCGUUGACGAGUUCACCACCUUCAACUACUGGCACUCCUGUGUGCCCGGCCCCACCAACCCCAACCGUCUCUGCGGCCUUGCAGGCACUGCUGAUGGUCACGGCUACAACGACGAGAGCUUCGACGUCUCCGGCGUCGACACCACCAGCAUCUUCGAAGUCGCCUCUGAGAAGGGCAUCUCAUGGCGCAACUACGACGGCACCAACGGCGCCUUCCUGGCAGACGCCCUGUUCUUCAACUGGACCGCCGCCAACGCCAAGUCCAACGUCGUCCCCCUCGAGAACUUCUACCAGGAUGCCUACCUGGGCCUGCUCCCGCAGCUGUCCUACAUCAACCCGUCCUGCUGUGGCCUGAACACCAACUCCAUGCACCCCUCCGGAAACGUUUCCUUCGGCCAGGUCCUGCUCAAGCAGGUCUACGACGCCGUCCGCACCGGCCCCCAGUGGGACAAGACCCUGCUGCUGAUCACCUACGAUGAGACUGGUGGUUUCUUCGACCACGUUGCCCCUCCCUUGGCCGUGCGCCCCGAUAACAAGACCUACACCGAGACCGCGAAGGAUGGCAGCAAGUACACUCUGGAGUACAACCGUCUGGGUGGCCGUAUGGCGACCUGGCUCGUUUCCCCCUACGCUCCUCAGGGCUACAUCGAGAACUUCGGUGUUGACCCCGUCACCGGCCAGUCUGCGUCCUACUCGUCUACCUCUGUCCUGAAGACUCUGGGUUACCUGUGGGACCUGGAGGACUUGACCCCCCGUGUGCAGCACUCUCCUGCCUUUGACCACCUGAUUGGCCCCAAGCCUCGCCGCUCGACUCCGAGCUCUCUGGCCAACCCCAGCGUCUUCCCUGAUGCUGUUUAA